CAUGGGCCCUAGGCGACGGCUUCCUGGUAUUUGUCGGACGAAUGCUACGAGACAGUUCGCUCUCCACGGAAGUCCGGGUGCAUUUACUGCGUGCUCUGGGAAAUGCGGCUCUAAAAGAUGAUAUCAUUCUCCUGCUGCACCAAGAUAGACGGGAGCAUGUGCUCAUGAACUUUGCCCAGGACAUAGACAAGCACCCCCCAGAAGAGCAACAGGCGAUAGCUCUUUUCAUGUGCAACCUCUUCGAAAAUGACAACGCCUCAGAGUGGUUGUUGUACAUCUCAGAGUGGUCCUACAAUAAUCAGACCACAUCCAAUAUUCGCGCUACUACCAAGGUGGCUGUCCAUUGUUUGCUAUCGGCCUGUCCCCGACUGAAGGACAUCGGAACUGCGCUGGUUCACAAUCUGGCAUCCAAGGAAGUCAAAACGGUAGUAUUCGACGAUGUAGCGGUCGAACUGUCGAUGGCGCUACUGCAGUUCUUCAAUUCGGAGCCAACCGAGGAGCACCUCUUCCGAACGAUGAAAGCUUUGGCUAAAUUUACUCUAGUUUCCCCGGACGUUCCUCAGUUCAUCCAGAUGAUUGGACCCCACCCGAAAACAUUGAGAGGCAGAAGUGACCGAAUCAACGAACUGAUUGAUCAAAUUUCCAAAAAAGUUCGCUAGUUUUCAUUUCAAUUGAAAAGCAAUAAUUAAGGCAAGUUUUAAACUAAAUAACAGUCACCGAUUGCACGAAUAAAUUUCUAUGUACAAAGCCGUACUAAACAAAUUAAGAAAAGAAAAAUCUUCCGAGUUAACCAAACUUCCUGAAGAGAAAUUAAAGAAACCUGCAUUUUCAUCGCAAUUAUCUUCCCUUUCUGGAAUUGACGAUCCUAUUUAAGCAGUAACACAUCGAUACAGCUCUCAUUUCGUGAUUUAUUUGUUUUGAAUGUAGAAAGGCAGAUUUUUGUAAACAAUGGUUUUAACUAAAAUUUGAAGUAAUGGAUUAUACAAAUAAAUACUAUCUAAUUAUAGAGAAUUAA